CUCGUAUCUCUCAUCUUCUUCUCUCUGUCUCAUUCUCCUCCCUCCCCACUCGCCCGAUCGUAGACAUUCACCCCCGCCCCUUGCGCGGUAACAGCUUCCAUCCUUCUCCCUCUCUGUCUGCGGCACGACCCCCUGGCAAAGUGGCGGUCCAGCGCGCACGGCCUAUCAGCCGUACGGGAUGCUGAGACCGGAGUACUAGAUUCAGUCGUACGCUUGGCUCCCUCCUGUCGCCGCUGUUGUGCUCGCGUACACGUUCUUCGCGCACGGUCCUCGUUAAAAACGUCCGCGUGUCGCGGCCACCAGCCAAUCUUCCUCGACCUAUCCGUCACGCUCUUCAUGCCUCAUACCAUCCCCAACUCACACUGGCUGUCCACACGUUUCUGUUACCGUUCGUCGACCCUUUCCACCCACCUUUGUCAUUCGGUAACGAAGAACAGACGUUGAUCUUCGUCCAAGGAGAUUCGUUCCGAGUUCCAGCCGAAAAUCGAAGCGGGGGCAGCAUGGGGAUUCUCACGUGAAAGGCGUGUUCCGGGGUGGUCCACGAGAGAAUAAAUAGAGAGGAAGGAACGAAAAAAAAGGGGCGACUCGCGAACGAAUUAAUAAUGCUGCGCGAGAGGAGCGCGGAGGAUCGGCUGAACUUUACUCACAGGGGAUCACACAAUUAUCCCGGAAGAGGACAGAAGUGAAGGUGCAACGAUGGGGGUGUACGUGAUAGGGUUGGUCGGCGUGAUCGUGUUUUAUGUAGCAGUGUUGGGUGUUGGCAUUUGGGCGGCUGCUGUGAAGAAGAAAAAAUCCCAUCAUGGCCAAGACGCCAUGAUACUAGCGAAUCGUGGCUUAGGUCCUCUUCUUGGUGUCUUCACUUUGAUCGCCACGUGGGUCGGCGGCGCCUACGUGAACGGGACCGCUGAAAUGAUGUUUACCAGAGGAUUGGCCUGGUGUCAAAUGCCCUUCGGUUACAGCCUUAGUCUACUGUUCGGUGCGGUGUUGUUUGUACGACCAAUGAGGAAAGCAGAGCAUGUAACUAUGCUGGACCCUUUUCAAGAGAGAUAUGGCGCCGGGGUUGGAGGACUGUUGUUCCUUCCAGCUCUCUGUGGUGAUUUGUUCUGGUGUGCUGCGGUGCUGAGAGCUUUGGGAAGCUCGUUGGCGGUGGUGGCUGGUGUGGAUCCGGACAUAAGUAUGGUCGCCUCUGCGCUCUUAGCAGCUAUAUAUACUGUGUUCGGUGGAUUAUAUUCUGUUGCGUGCACCGAUGCAUUGCAGUUAGCCUGCAUUGUAAUCGGCCUGGGAGUGGCUGCGCCAUUUUCUGCUCUUCACCCUGCUGUUUCUUUCGAGAAGAAUCUAGCGCCGCAUGAAUGGUUGGGAGAAAUUAAGAAUGAGGACCUAAGCGAGUGGGUGGAUGGUAUGCUGUUGUUGGUAUUCGGCGGUAUACCUUGGCAGGGCUACUUUCAAAGGAUUCUAAGUAUGCGAAGCACAUCAAUGGCAACGGCUUUAUCGAUAGCAUCAAUGUUCGGCUGCAUGAUCCUCGCGUUUCCAUCAGCCUUAAUUGGGGUGGUAGCUCGUGCCACUGACUGGUCAUCUGUCGAAGGAUUUAAUAAAAGUAUCAUAAUACACGAUGAGAACGCAGCGUUACCGAUUGUUCUUCGAUAUCUAACGCCGCAGUGGGUCUCCUUUGUUGGUUUGGGCGCCAUUUCUGCAGCAGUAAUGUCGUCGGCAGAUUCAAGUAUAUUAGCCAGCAGUUCCAUGUUCUCCAGAAAUGUUUAUAGACUCACACUAAGGCCAAAGGCGUCUGAAAGAGAACUGAACUGGAUACUCCGAAUAUCCGUGCUUGUGGUCACAACUCUCUCGACUAUAAUAGCUCUUACUGUGGACAGCGUUUAUUAUCUGUCGUACUUGAGCUCUGAUCUUGUUUACGUGGUGCUCUUCCCACAAUUGUUAACUGUAGUCCAUUGGCCCUCUCUGGUCGACACUUAUGGAUGCCUUGCGGGUUACUUUGUGGCUGUUGUUUUACGUCUUUGUGGCGGUGAAAAAGGUUUAGGUAUGCCAGCACUGAUCGAAUAUCCUUUCUAUGACACGGAAACGCAAUCUCAAAAAUUCCCUUUUCGCACUGGUGCCAUGAUAGUUGCUUUAUUUACCCAGCUCAUUACGAGUUUCUUCACGAGAAAUCUCCUCGGAAAAGGUUACUUUCCGCGAUGUUGCGAUGUUCUUAGUGUCUAUUCGCCUGGGAAAUCGAAGGAUCAAUCUGGAGUCGUACAAAGUAGUUCUGGUGCUGCUCUGAUGGAUACCUCCUCUGUCAAUAAAUCUACUUCAGGUAUGGAUUCCUGCGAUGGCAUCGGACCCGGAAGUUACGAGGACGAUCGUACUACUUCUAACUCCGUUGAAGAUAUGACCGAUCGGGGAGAUAAUGGGGCUUUAGCUAACGAUCCCUACGAUAAAGAUACUCCCAAGAUCAACAGCAUUGGAUCAGUCGUUCAAAAAGCGAACCAAAGCCUCCAACAUCUGCAGACUCUAAGGAACUCUAUUCACACAUCUUCCAUUGGUGGUAGACAUACUCCAACUCCUAAUCAGUACGCCCCCAUACAAAGCAACGAAGUAUCCAGAGGCCAAAUACUAGGUGUACGAAAUCUAAGAGGUUCCAUGGGUCAAAUGCUCUUGCCUACCGAUCGACCAGUUAUUGCUUCCAACAACACUACGGGCAUAGUGAACGUUCCAACCAAUUCCACUAUAACUACCCCAAUGACACCGGGUCCACAUUACACCAAGGCUAACGAUGGAUCAUUACUAAACGAUAAAACAAGAGAAAAUGAGAGAGUCAGCAUUGUCGAUAGAGGAAAUACAGAGUUUCAAACUGUUCCGGAUAACAUGUUGACCACUAUCAAUGUUAAGAAGAAUGUGAAGGGCGUAAAACUGGUUGGUAUGGAGGGUGGAACUUUGAGAAGACCAUCACUACAGGGCACGUUCUCACCGACACCGUCGGUGGAGCUUGUUCAUAUUUUGGAUAGGAGACAAAGCAGUGGUUCAUACGGACCUGGGUCCCUUUCCCCGGUUCCAAUGGGGAUAGAAGCGUGCAAAACCCAUGGGACUGCGUUAGAGGGGCAGGGUGGUAACGAACAUUGCAGGAUCAAGAGGGGUAUUGUCAGGCAUCACAGUUUGCGCAGCUUUAAUGACACGGGAGACCGUGCACUAACGACCCUGGCCAGGCAACCAACGUAUCCUUCGAUGCCAUUGCGCCCCGAAGAUUGUCGCAUGACUCUGGCGAAGAAAGACAGAAGAACGUCAACGAUCGCACGUCAUGGUUCCGUAACAAAUGAAAAAGAAUUAAGCGGAUGCACGACUGGGCUAGUUGUGUGUAGUCCUACUUACAACAUGUAUAGCUCGGCUGUGAAGAAUUCCAACUACUUCGUAACCGAUGAUGAAGCAGUCAGCAGGUUUUAAACGCGUACAAAGAUCACGAACUAUACAAGAGGACAAUCGAAUUCCGCCUGAUCAAGUCACAAGCCCGAAUACGUCCUUUUUCGGUCUCAUUUUGUUUUUUGAACAGUCGUACAAUUUUACCACUGCCCAACUUUUAUGACUUUCAUAGGAAAUCGCCACUUUUUUAUGUAAAGACUCCCC